AUGUACUCCUCCGCUAUCCGGGCUAGAAUGGCCACCUCCUUCGCUGCUCGUCGUGGCUUCUCCACCACUCGCACCCAGCUUGGCAGCCCCUACCACUACGCCGAGGGUCCUCGCACCAACAUUCCUUUCAACCCUCUCACCAAGCACUUCUUCUGGCGCUACUGGGCUUUCAUGAUUACCGGAUUCGGUGCUCCCUUCGCCAUUGCCGUCUGGCAAACCUACAAGACCAAAUAA